AUGAAUUAUUAUUAUUAUACUAAAAAAAAAAAAAAUGAAAAAUAUUUAUUUUUUAGAAAUAAUCCAACACCUUCAGCUAACCAGAUAUUAUUUCAAUCAUUUGCAGGAAAAUGGAGUUUUAAUAGAAAAAUUGUUCAUAAAUCAGUAAUAGAUGUAUCACAACAAUUUACAUUUUCAACAAUUGAUAAAAAUAAUAAUAAUAGUAAUGAUAUAUCAAUAGUUUCAGGUAUAGCAUCAUUUAAACAAUUAGAUAAUGACGAAUUUUCAUAUCAAUAUCAAGAGGAGGGAAUAUUAAAACAACCAGAUAAUACAACAUUUAAUAUUAGUCAAAGGUAUAUCUAUAGAUUAAAGGAUGAUAUAAUUUCAGUUUAUUUUGAUGAGAAACCAGAACGAUUAUUUCAGACAUUAGAUUUCAAUAACUCUUCAUUAGCAAAAGGUCAUCAUCUUUGUGGGAAUGAUACAUACGAUGCAAUUUAUCAAUUAAUAUCACCAAAAGAAUUUAAUUUAAUUUAUUCAGUUUUGGGUCCAAAAAAGAAUUAUAAAAUUACAACAACAUUUUUAAAAAUUGAUGAUAUUAUAUAG